AUGUUUGAGUGCACGAUCGAGGGCCUGCUCCUGAAGCGGCUCAUGGAGUGCUUGAAGGAGAUGGUCACCGACGUGAACCUCAUCUGCAAUGCGGGCGGGAUUUCUCUCGAUUCCAUGGACGGAAGCCAUGUCGCAGUUGUCGACGUGAGACUCGACGUCGACCUGUUCCACAAAUAUCGAUGUGAUCGCCCUGUCCAACUCGGCUUGUCGGUUCCGAACCUCCUCCUCGCCUUGCAGCCCGUCAAAUCUGCAGAGACUCUCGUCCACCUCUCUUCCCUGCAUGGCGACGACGAGGACGAUGAAGAAGACACCAUUCUCCACAUCAACAUCGAAGACCCCGAAAGCGGAGACACCUGGUCGAUGGAAGUGCGCCUCCUCGACGUUGAAUCCGAGCAACUGGAAGUCCCCGAGCACACAGAGCAUGAGGCGACGGCAGUCGUCAGAUCCAAGGAGCUUCAGGAUCUCGUCCGUUAUCUCAACUCUCUCUCUGAAUCAAUCGUCGUCAAGAUGGAUAAGACCCACAUGCAGCUCUCCGCUCGAGGCGACAGCGUCGCCGCUUCUCGCAAGAUGCAACCGGAAGUGAGAAAACGAAACUUCGUCUCUUUCCUCUCAUUGAGUUUUGAGGGUGGUGGGCAACGGCAUUCCUGCCAGCUUUUCUGCGAUGGCGAGUCAUCGAAAACACGCGCAUUCGCCUCCUGUGUCUCCGUGUCUUCGUGGAGUCUCCUCUGCCUCACCGUCUCCCCUCUUUUCUCUCGGGUUUUUCACUUUCUUCAUCCCCUUGUUUUCGGAGUGCGCCCCUUGUGA